UUUAAUUUUUUUUAAUUAACGAUGGUCACAGUGGCUGUUCCCUACAUCUUCAACGAGAUUUACAGCGUUUUCAAGAACGCACCUCCUUAUGCCUUGUUUUUGGAAGUUUUCUUGUUAUUCGCCGUCAUUUGGCUGAUUUUCCACAAGAGCAAUGGAAAAACGAAGAAAUUAUCUCCCGAGGAGAAGGCACGCAUCAUUGAGAAUUGGACUCCUGAACCGCUCGUCGCUUUCACGCCGGAAGAUGAUCCCGCGCUGAAGGAACGUCUCGUCACGGGUCGCGUUGGCAAGCGAGUGACCGUCAACGGCGUAGAUUGUCUCAAUUUGGCAUCGCACAACUACUUGGGGCUCUUGGAAAACCCGGAAAUCACGGAAAGUGCGAUUAAAAGUUUGCGCAAAUACGGCGUCGGAAGUUGUGGUCCACGUGGAUUUUAUGGCACAGUUGACGUGCACUUGGAACUCGAGGAGAGAUUGGCGCAAUUUAUGAACAUGGAAGAGGCUGUUGUGUAUUCUUAUGCAUUUUCGACAAUCGCAAGUGCUAUUCCAGCGUAUUCGAAACGAGCUGAUAUCAUUUUUGUUGACGAAGCAGUGAAUUUCUCCAUUCAAAAGGGAUUGGAUGCAUCGAGAUCGAAAAUUGUGUUCUUCAAACAUAAUGACAUGAAGGAUUUGGAAGCAAAAUUAGAGGAACAGGCCAAGCUUGACAAGAAAAACCCGAGAAAAGCUGCCAAAACUCGCAAAUUUUUGGUUGCAGAAGGAAUUUAUUUCAACACCGGCGAAAUUUGUCCCUUGCGAGAGUUGGUAGAGUUGCGUAAAAAAUACAAAUUACGAAUGUUUUUGGACGAAAGCAUCUCUUUUGGGUGUCUUGGCAAAGGAAAGGGACUUACCGAGCAUUUGGGAAUCGAUAAAAUCGAAAUUGACCUAAUUUCGGCCUCGCUGGAACACUCAAUCUCAUCAAUUGGCGGAUUUUGCGUUGGAUCGUCCUUCAUUGUCGAGCAUCAACGUAUGUUUAGUCUCGGUUACUGUUUCUCCGCAUCAUUACCGCCUUUGCUCGCUCAAGCUGCGAUCUCAGCGUUGGACACGUUCGAGAAAGAUCCCCAAAUGUUCGAUCAGCUGCAAGAAAAAUGUUCUUUAGUUCAAGAAAAGUUCAGUAAAUUCACGAAUCUCACGUUGCGCGGCGAUAUUUUGUCGCCGUUGAAGCAUCUUUACCUGCGAAAAGAGCUCUCGUCGUUCGAGGAGGAACAAGAAGUUCUCGAAAAAAUCUCGGAAGAGUGCAUUAAGCGCGGCGUUGCUGUCGUCAAAGCGGAAUAUUUGGAUAAAAUCGAGAAAUUUUGUCCGCGAGCCAGUAUUAGAAUCGCCAUAAAUCGAUUGUUGACGAAAGAUGACAUCACAACAGCCUUUGAUACGAUCGAAGAGGUGUCGAAAAAGGUGUUGGCACAAAAAUAAUUUAAAA